UUUUUAGUAGAGUUUAGUAUUCCCCACAUAACUACACAUACAAUAUAUUUAUAUAUUUGUAUCAGGUUAAUUUUUGUUCUCUUCUGAUUAUUUUUCUUUACAAACGCAAUUACGAUAAUAAUUAUGUCUUUAUAAUUUUAUAUUAUUUCUAAAUAAUUUUUUAAUAACUUUUAAUAUGUUAUGAUUUAUUUUAUAUUUUUUGUUUUUUUACGUUUAAUACAUUUAUAUGCACCAAAAUAAAUGAUCAUUUUAAUCAUUAUUAAACGAAAAUAAUUAAAUAUAUAAAUAAUAUAAUGUAAUGUCGAUAAUCGGACAUAAUGAAUUAUCACAUUCCAAAGAAUAUGAAAGUUUCCGCAGUUCUAUCCCAUUGAGAAAAAUUGUUGUUGAUAAUGAUGGAAUUAAGGGUUGGAGAAUAUAUGACUCAGGACCAAAAACUAUUAAAUGUCCGUUAAUAUGUUUACCUCCUGUCAGUGGAACAGCAGAUAUUUUUUUCAAACAAAUAUUAAGUUUAACAGCUAAAGGAUACCGUGUCAUAUCGGCUGAAUCUCCUGUCUAUUGGAGCAUCAAUGACUGGUGUGAUGGUUUUAAAAGGCUUUUAGAUUAUUUACAAUUAGAUCGGGUUCAUAUUUUUGGUGCAUCUUUAGGUGGAUUUUUAGGACAAAAAUUUGCUGAAAUUAACUCAAAUUGCCCAAGAGUUGCUUCAUUAAUUUUAUGUAAUUCAUUUUCUGAUACAUCAAUAUUUAAUUAUAAUGAUUCAGCUACUUUUUUUUGGAUCUUACCAUCAUUAAUUUUAAAAAAAAUGAUUAUGGGAAAUUAUGCUACAGAAAAUACAUUUAUCGAUAAUGAAAUGAUUGAAGCAGUCGACUUUAUGGUAGAAAAAUUGGAAAGUUUAACUCAAUCAGAGUUAGCAUCACGAUUAACAAUAAAUUGUAUAAAUUCUUAUGUUCAACCUCACAAAAUGGAUAAUUUACCUAUUACCAUAAUUGAUGUAUUUGACGAAUAUGCAUUGUCACCUUCAGUUAGAGAAGAAAUGUAUAAAUGUUAUCCAAAUGCAAAGUUAGCUCAUUUAAAGAGUGGCGGCAAUUUUCCAUAUUUGAGUCGCUCAGCUGAAGUUAAUUUACACAUACAGAUUCAUUUAAGACCAUUUGAAGAGACAGAAUUUUCAUCAAGACAUUCAAAAUAAUUACUGUAAAUUAAUUUUAAAUAAAUUAGUAUAGGUUUGA